GGCGAUGCGCUCUGUGUAAUCCAGGGGGCAGGGCUUUACGGGUUCUGGUGCCUUUCACUAUAUGUACAGUAUAAGUUUGUGUUGCUGCUCCGGACAGCCAGGAGAAGGAAUGUUGAGUACGAAAUCACGAGUGUGUUUGUGUAAGUAGUGCGAUAGGUAUACUGUCUCAGUGACACCGUGUAUUUUUCUAGCUGUACAGUGAACACGUUAAAUGCAAAUCCGGAGACCGAUCAGACCCUUGUUUUCUUGUAUAUGCACUGAGGGAACUUGUGUCCUCCUCGUAUCUGAUUAUUAAAAGGACUUGAGUGAAAGGGAGAAAUUGUCAAGAUGGCAGCAGCAGCAAGAUAAUAGUAACGUGCUGGCUGUGAUCGUUCUGCUUUGCCAUUUUUUUUUUCCUGAACAAUUUUCAAUCUUUAGGCAACGUGGAAGACAUUAUUACAUAUCGUUGGAUAAACCCGAACCACCGGAGUGAGAGCUGCAAUUUGAAAUUGUAUCUGUCCAGACCAGAGCCCAUAUUUCUAGGUGCUGACGCUCUGCACCGCUCUUUUAAGAUUUGUAGUUGCAUCGCAUCAGUAUGGUAUAGGAUUUUCUGUGAUUUACAACUCGGAUUGGACUGGUGGUUACAAAGUAGUGCUAUUUACCGCAGAAAAAGUAUUGUGGCUGACAGAAAAUAAACACAAAGAAGGACUGCAAUAAUUGUCACAGUAGAAUACACGUUUGAUAUCCAGUUGGACUGGGCACAAUCGACUUUACCUUUCCUGGUUUAAAAGUCACAUCAAUGAAACUGGACUAAGACGUGGCGCGCGUAAUAAAAUGCAUGUAUAUUUACAUUCAUGCUGAUAAAUGCGUAAUGUCACGCAUGUUUCGGAAAAUAUAACAAAUCUGUGGUGGACAAAAUUUAAAUUCUUUUUUUUUUUAAAGAUUUUUUUUUUUUCAAUUUACUUUUGGAAGCGCAUUCAUGGAAAGUGACUUUGAUAGGACUCUCCUAGUGAUUCAUUGAUAGAUCAGUUUUGCAGCAGGGAACAGACCAGUGAUUAAAAACGAAGAUGGCAGAACUACCACCCACUGACCCACUCGACUCCGUAGAUGUUGAAAUAGACCCCGAUUUUGAGCCUCAGAGCAGGCCUAGAUCUUGCACCUGGCCCUUACCUAGACCAGAGUCCAGUGUGGGCAAACCCGAAUCCACAGACAAUUCCAUCAUCCCGGAGGAGGAAGAUGACGAAGAUGACACUGUCAAUUCCAUGACCAUCAAUACCAACGGCAUCAUUAGCAACUCCUGCAUCAACGGGGAAGACCAACACAGUCCCCAUGCUCUCCUUGUGGAAGAAAUGGGCGCAGCGUCGUCUGGCCCGGAAAACUCGGGUUCCCCACUUUCGUCUCAUUCACCCAACGCAGUUGGAAACGGUGCCAGCGGUCCAGGGGGGUCCCAGCAGCAGAGGAAGGCAUCUUCUCGCCGGAAUGCCUGGGGUAACCUCUCUUACGCUGACCUGAUUACCAAAGCCAUAGAGAGCACGCCAGAUAAAAGACUAACCUUGUCUCAAAUCUAUGACUGGAUGGUCAGAUGUGUUCCUUACUUCAAGGAUAAAGGCGACAGCAACAGCUCCGCUGGGUGGAAGAACUCGAUCCGCCACAACCUGUCUCUGCACAGCCGCUUUGUCCGGGUGCAGAACGAGGGCACGGGAAAGAGCUCCUGGUGGAUGAUCAACCCUGAUGGAGGGAAGGGAGGCAAGGCUCCACGACGGCGGGCCGUCUCCAUGGACAACAGCAACAAGUACAAUAAAAGCCGGGGUAGGGCUGCCAAGAAGAAGGCAGCUUUGCAGGCUGCCCAGGAGGGAGGAGCUGAGAGCCCCUCCAACCAGCUCUCCAAAUGGCCUGGCAGCCCCACAUCCCGUAGCAGCGAUGAGCUGGAUACCUGGACUGACUUCCGUUCGCGCACCAACUCUAAUGCCAGCACCAUCAGUGGACGUCUCUCACCCAUCCUUGCCAACCCAGAACUGGAUGAGGUACCUGAUGAUGACCCCCAGCUCUCCCCCAUGCUUUAUUCCAGCCCCACCAUCUUGUCUCCUUCCGUCAGCAAGCCCUGCCCUGUGGAGCUGCCGCGGCUCACAGAAAUUAACCUCAAUGACGAUCUUUCUGAUAACCUCAUGGAUGAUCUUCUUGACAACAUCAGCCUGACUCCUACCCAGCAGCCCUCCCCAGGGGGUGGGGGUAGCAGCUGCAGCAGCAGCAGCAAUGGGGCCAUGCAGAGGAGCUCCAGCUUCACCUACGGGACCAAAGGUACGGCUCUGGGCUCUCCUUCUAGCAGCUACAGCAACUCCAUUUUCGGCCCUCCAUCACUCACUGCACUACGCCAGGCACCCAUGCAGACCAUUCAGGAGAACAAACAGGCUACCUUUUCCUGCAUCUCUCAUUUUGGCAACCAGACCCUGCAGGACCUUCUCAGCUCCGACUUGCUCAGCCACAGCGAUGUCAUGAUGACCCAGUCAGACCCGCUCAUGUCUCAGGCCAGCGCCGCUGUCACGUCCCAGAACUCCCGCCGGAACAUUAUGCUGCGCAGCGACCCGAUGAUGUCCUUCACCUCUUCCCAGUCCAACCAGGGAAGCCCAGUCAACCAUGGCAGCCUGCUCCUCAACCAGUCUCAAUCUCCAAGCUUGUCGUUAGGGGGCAGUCAGGCUAACUUGUCCCAAGCGGUCAAUGGCGGCAUUGGCCUAACUAAUGAGACCAACAAUCUGGUUUCCAUCAAAAAUCAGCUUCAGUCUCCCAGCGGUGGUAACCAGUCUAUGCAAAUCGGCCUCUCUGACUCUUCCUUGUACUCCAGCAUUAGUGGCAGUGGCAUCAACCUUCCUAAGAUAAACCAGGACAAGUUCCCCAGCGACCUGGACCUGGACAUGUUCAAUGGCAGUCUGGAGUGUGACAUGGACUCGAUCAUCCGCAGCGAGCUCAUGGACGCUGACGGCUUGGACUUCAACUUUGACUCACUCAUCUCUGCUCAGAAUGCCAACCUUAACAUGGGGAACUUCGUUGGUGCUAAACAGACUUCGUCCCAAAGCUGGGUUCCCAGUUGAAACACAUCUCUCUCUUUUAAGAGUGGAGGUGGGCAAAUCAGAGCUGUAACGUGAUGCAAGACCCACCACAAUACCCUUUGCCAAAUCAGCUGUCAGCGCGAUGUGGAUAGUAGACUCUUUACAGAACACAAUUUCUGAGAAUCUUGUCAUUGUCCCUACAUAACGAAGACCAACAGAAGACCUUGAAUUCAGCCUAAAUGAAGUUCCCAGCAAAAAAUCCAUAAAGCAAUUUAUUUCAAACGUAUGCAAUCUUUGAGACAACCUGAAACAAAAACGUGCACCUACAGUAGAGCGAUGUAUUGUUAAAAGAAAAAAGAAGUUUGCAAGUAUAAUGUAGCCUUUUACAGUACUGUAAUUUCCGUAAAAAAAUAAAUAAAUAAAACCUGUCCUUUGGUAUUAUCUUAUACAGUGGUUUUUAGGGUGUUUUAGUUGUUACUUUCCCCAUAUUUUUUUUUUUUAGGGGGUUUUUGUUAGCCACGUUUUACAAUUACCUUUGGACUCCGCUCAACUAGAGAAGAGUGCAUUGGUAACAAAAAAAAGACAGAAGAAAGUUAAUAUAGUUGAAUGGACUGACAUAUCUUGCAAGCCUUCAAGACCUGGCGCCUUGAUUAUUAUAAUGAAAUAAUGCAAGACCCAAGAAUGCUUUUGACUGAUGCAACCCUGUUUGAUAUUUUUUCUCUCUUUUUUUCUUUUAUUCCCUAAUGGUACACCUUUUGCAAGCACCGAUUCAGGACACAUUAUAAAUGUGUAUGUAUGUUACUGUAGCAGUAUUGUAUAGAUUCUGUCUGGUCUAAUGAAGUGCUAAGGGGGGGGGGGGCAUAUGUAAUAAGGUGCUGCUGACUCAGUACAAUAUAAUAUGUAGCCAAAACCUGAUCUAGCGUUAAAUAUGAUGCUACACCUUGGAAGGUGUUAUGCAGUGUCCAGUCUGUCUCAGGCCUGUUCUUUCCCAGCUGUCCUCGUAGAUAUACUGAUUAACUCAAUUAAAUCAGAGAGGUCAAAUGACAGUUUUAGAUUAUAAUUUUCCAUCUAGAAGCCGUUUUUAUUAAGAAAAUGAUAAGCUAUGUUAUAUAUUGCCAAAUUACUUGAACAUGUAUGAGAUGCUGGCAGCCAAAAACAUAAAAAAAAAAAAAAAAACAAUAUUAAAAAAAAAAAGUGUGUGUGUGAAUGAGGGACUUUCAUACAUGCAACAACUCCCAGCACCCAGGUUGUUUCACCUGUAAACAACAGCAGCAGUGGGCCUUUUAGCUUUUUAUUUUUAAUUCCCUUAAAGCCGAAUAAGAAUCGGCCCGGCAUCUUCUUUUACAGAAUAAAACUGCAUUCCUGUGUUACAAAAGUAAACAGAAUUAAACAUAAAUCGAAAUGCCAGACAUUUCUCUUUAUCAUCUUUAAACUUUCCCAUGGUUUAUUUGACAUUAUUCUGUCCUUUCAUGUUGCGUUAAUAUAUCCGCCAGGAAUAUUUUCAGAACUGCCAUUAGCUUAUUGCUCAGAGUAGACUCUGGUGUCUGGUGAGAGACAGAUAAAGACACAGAUAAAAAAACGAUGGCUGCCAGUAACGCAAACAAAGCUCAAUUUAUAGUGCAGCUCAGAAUUCCAAUCGUUUUGAGCAUACUUCUAGAGAGUAGAUAGGGGAGGUUUCUUGUUUUAUAAGACAAUGUAAUGCGUAUUAUAUUUUAAUAUGAAUCAGAGGCCGAUCAUUAUGCAUGGCUGGUAGGUAAAUGCAUUAGCAAAGCAUCCCAAAGUGUAAUGCAUGACUACCCUCUGCACUGGUGAACCCAGGUGAUAUUGGAACCCCCCCCCCCCCCACUCCUCUGUACCUCCGUCACGAACCCCAAGAGAAUUAGCAUUGAAGUAACACUUCACAACAUGAUGGCUUUUCCUUAUGAAAUCUUGUAACCUUUUACACUUGUUCCUUUUUAUAUAUACAAGCCUCCUCUCCCAGCUCCCACUCCUGCCUUGCAUCAAUGUGUACUUUCUGUGCUAACUUGUGAGUAGAAUGCUAGCAGAUCAACAAUUAAUGCAACUGUGACAUUUAGUUUUUUAAUCAGUUUCAUUCUUGUCAGUUAUUAAGGUAGUAUAAAGGCCAAGUAAAACUCAAGAUUAGGAAAGAGAGGGGACGAGUUCCCAGCCUGGCUCAUGAGUACUGAACACGUUUUUAUAUUGAAAAGGACUUAUUUCCACAAAGUAACAUUUAAACAAGGAAUAGAGCGCUCUCCUAUCUCCAUAGUCUCAUUACAGGAUCAGGCACUGAAAAGGAAGAUCUUAACAUUAACAUAGAAAUGAAUAAUGCAGCGUGUCAGCAAUUCAAAUGAAUGCACUGUAGGCUUCAUCAGGGCUCUGUGAUUCACGUUCGCGCAAGUGUUAAGAGCAGUGCUCUUAAUUAACAAGUUUAUUAAAAAAAAAAAAAAAAAAAAAAAACCUGACAAGAGCUAUCUAUUUCAAAACAGGCUCCAGGAAAGGAGAAUAAGAUACUACCUUAAUAACAGAUACCAGGUCAAACUUGAUUCCUAAACCUUUCCCCUUUGAACUGCAGAAGUAACUGUGUCUCUCCUUGAUGUGUGUGGGUAUCUCCCUGUGUAUUCCAUUUUGUAUUCUAGUUUGCAUAAGAAAUGGUGCAUUUGUAAAUAAAGCUCUGUGAAGUGCUACA